AUGGAGAUGGAAACGGAGUCGACGGCUGCAGAUUGGCACGGCUCGGAUUCUACGGCGGAGGACCAGGAACCGCCGCUCCCCGGAGAGGACCGCCUCAGCGGCCUCCCCGACGGCGUGCUCGGGGACAUCAUCUCGCUCCUCCCCACCCGGGAAGGCGCCCGCACCCAGGUCCUCGCCUCCCGGUGGCGCCACCUCUGGCGCUCCGCCCCUCUCAACCUCGACUACCAUCCGUUCCUGUUCGGCCAGGAGGGCCUCAAUGCCACCAUAGCGCGCGUUCUCGCCGCCCACCGGGGCCCCGGCCGCCGCUUCUGCGCGCCCGUCUACCACCUCCCCGUCGACCGAGCCGACGCCUGGCUCAGAUCCCCCGCCCUCGACAACCUCCACGAGCUCGAGCUUUGCUGCUACGGGUUUAUGUUACAGUAUCCACCGCAAACACCGCAGCCGCCCCCGGCAGCCGCCUUCCUCUUCUCGGACACCCUUUGUGUUGCCACCAUCGGAGAUUGCCACCUUACUGACAGCACCAUAGAAGGGCUUCACUUCCCUAAGCUUCAGAAGCUCGCGCUUAAACAGGUCACCAUCUCCGAAUCCUCGCUGCACACCAUGAUUGCCAGUUGCCCAGCUCUGCAAUGCUUGCUUAUUUACCGCAGCUUCGGCUUUGGUCGCCUCCGAAUCAACUCUAUUAACCUUAGAGGCAUAUGUGUCAAAGCUUAUAGUUAUGGGAGAGGGCUCAAAUUUGGGGAACUCAUUAUUGAGAAUGCCCCUUUUCUUGGUAGCUUGAUCUUAAGUGAUCGCCUACAUGUAUCGUUGAUCUAUGCGCCUAAACUGGAGGCCUUAGGCUUCCUUUCUUCUACUUGUACUAGCGUACUCGUGUUUGACUCGGCAGCUAUUCAGGGGUUGCGUGUUGAUAGCCUGACGACAGCGGUGCGCACUAUCAAGAUUUUAGCUGUUGAUAUGCAUGCUCUUAGUCUCGAUGUUGUUCUUGACUUGAUGAGAUGCUUUCCUUGCUUGGAAAAGCUAUACAUUCAGUCAACUGGACCCGGGAAAAGCAACUGCUGGCGCCGUAAACACCGGGAUCUUAUAAGAUCUCUUGACAUCCGUCUCAAGACAAUUGUUUGGCGACAUUAUCGGGGAAUCAAGUCACAUGUUGACUUCGCCACAUUCUUUAUACUAAACGCUGGAGUGCUGGAAUUGAUGACUUUUGAGGUUAAUUCUGAAGACUACAAUGAGGAGUUCUUUGCACAACACCGUAAGAUGCUUCAGGUGGAUAACAGGGCCUCGAGAGGCGCUCGAUUCCGUUUUACAUCAGAUUGGUCUUAUAACCACAUUAUGGAGUCCAGUGUCCACGAUUUGGAACCGGCUGAUCCCUUUGAAAGGACGUGCCCUUCUAAAGAAAAUACCAAUUUUGUGCUUUGUGCUGGCUGCUAGUAGUUCUCAUGCUUGUAGUUUGUAUUAUUUUGGAACCUUACGGCAGUUAAACAUGCUAUUCAUGAUGUCAGUUUGUUGAAACCGACUU